UUCUUCUGCGAAUUCGAGCCGCCCGCUUCGCUCCCGCUCCCACCAUGUCUGGCGGCGCCGCCGACCAGCAGAGCAGCGCGCCGGGCUCCCUGUUCCUCUCGCCGCCGGCGCCUCCCCUCAAGAAUGGCUCCAGUUCGGACUCCUCGGUGGGAGAGAAACUGGGCGCCGCGGCGGCCGACGCCGGAGCCGGCAGGACGGAGGAGUACCGGCGUCGCCGCCACACCAUGGACAAGGACAGCCGGGGGGCGGCCGCGACCACCACCACCGAGCACCGCUUCUUCCGCCGCAGCGUUAUCUGCGACUCCAACGCCACGGCGCUGGAGCUGCCCGGCCUCCCGCUCCCGCUGCCCCAGACGAGCGCGGCCGCGGUGGUCCCGCAGCGGAGCCCCCCGGAGCCCCAGCGCGAGGAGACCCUGAUCCCCGCUGCCGCCCAUGUGGCCCAGCAGCCGCCCGCCGCCGCCCCCGCCCCCGCCCCCGGGGAGCCGGUCGCCGCGGGCCCAGCCGCCGCCUCGGCCCCGUGCAGCGCCGGCAGAGACCGCCAGGUUGCCCAGCCCGGCCACGCGGGGACCAAAGAGGAGCCCCCGUCGUCGAGAAGUGGCAGCGGCGGCGGCAGCGCCAAGGAAUCCCAGGAGGAACGGAGCCAGCAGCAGGAUGACAUCGAAGAGCUGGAGACCAAGGCCGUGGGAAUGUCCAAUGAUGGCCGCUUUCUCAAGUUUGACAUCGAGAUCGGCAGGGGCUCCUUUAAGACGGUCUACAAAGGUCUGGACACCGAAACCACCGUGGAGGUCGCCUGGUGUGAACUGCAGGAUCGAAAGUUAACAAAGUCUGAGAGGCAGAGAUUUAAAGAAGAGGCUGAAAUGUUAAAGGGUCUUCAGCAUCCCAAUAUUGUCCGAUUCUAUGAUUCCUGGGAAUCCACAGUAAAGGGAAAGAAGUGCAUCGUUUUGGUGACUGAACUUAUGACAUCUGGAACACUUAAAACGUACCUGAAAAGGUUUAAGGUGAUGAAGAUCAAAGUUCUGAGAAGCUGGUGCCGUCAGAUUCUUAAAGGACUUCAGUUUCUUCAUACUCGAACUCCACCUAUUAUUCACCGGGAUCUUAAGUGUGACAACAUCUUUAUCACUGGCCCUACAGGCUCAGUCAAGAUUGGAGACCUAGGUCUGGCAACCCUGAAGCGGGCUUCUUUUGCCAAGAGUGUGAUAGGUACCCCAGAGUUCAUGGCCCCUGAGAUGUAUGAGGAGAAAUAUGAUGAAUCCGUUGACGUUUAUGCUUUUGGGAUGUGCAUGCUUGAGAUGGCCACAUCUGAAUACCCUUACUCCGAGUGCCAAAAUGCUGCACAGAUCUACCGUCGAGUGACCAGUGGGGUGAAGCCAGCCAGUUUUGACAAAGUAGCAAUUCCUGAAGUGAAGGAAAUUAUUGAAGGAUGCAUACGGCAAAACAAAGAUGAAAGAUACUCUAUCAAAGACCUUUUGAACCAUGCCUUCUUCCAGGAGGAAACAGGGGUACGGGUAGAAUUAGCAGAAGAAGAUGAUGGCGAAAAGAUAGCCAUUAAAUUAUGGCUACGUAUUGAAGAUAUUAAGAAAUUAAAGGGGAAAUACAAAGACAAUGAAGCUAUUGAGUUUUCCUUUGACUUGGAGAGAGAUGUGCCAGAAGAGGUUGCUCAAGAAAUGGUAGACUCUGGGUAUGUCUGUGAAGGUGAUCACAAGACCAUGGCAAAAGCCAUCAAAGAUAGAGUGUCAUUAAUUAAGAGAAAGCGAGAACAGCGUCAGUUGGUGCGGGAGGAGCAAGAAAAAAGAAAGCAGGAAGAGAGCAGCCUCAAACAGCAGGGGGAGCAGCAGUCCACUGCUUCCCAGGCAGGAGCCCAGCAGCCCCCUUCGACGUGCACUGGCGGACCUGCGGCCUCUACCACUUCAGCUUCUGUUUCCACACAAGUAGAGCCGGAGGAGCCCGAGGCAGAUCAGCACCAACAGCUGCAGCACCAGCCACCUGGUGUGUCUGUGUUGUCUGACGGGACGGUUGACAGUGGUCAGGGAUCUUCUGUCUUCACAGAGUCUCGAGUGAGCAGCCAACAGACAGUUUCAUAUGGUUCCCAGCAUGAGCAGGCACAUUCCACUGGCACCCUCCCAGGGCACACAGCAUCUGUUGUCCAAGCACAGGCUCAGCCCCAUGGGGUAUAUCCACCCUCAAGUAUGCCUCAGUCCAUGGCGCAUCCGUGUGGGGGGACCCCAACAUACCCAGAAUCACAGAUAUUUUUCCCAACUAUUCAUGAACGUCCAGUUUCUUUUUCACCACCUCCCACCUGUCCACCGAAGGUGGCCAUUUCCCAGCGGCGUAAGAGCACCUCCUUCCUGGAAGCCCAAACUCACCACUUCCAACCCCUGCUGAGGACUGUUGGCCAAAAUCUUCUUCCACCUGGUGGCAGCCCAACUAACUGGACACCAGAGGCUGUAGUUAUGUUGGGAACUGCAGCCAGUAGAGUCACUGGAGAGCCAUGUGAGAUACAGGUCCAACCUAUGUUUGAACCAACUCAAGUUUACAGUGACUAUAGACCUGGACUAGUACUUCCGGAAGAAGCUCACUACUUUAUUCCUCAGGAAGCAGUGUAUCUAGCUGGGGUACAAUACCAGGCCCAGGUGGCAGAACAGUUUGAGGGCAUUCCAUACAACUCACCAGUCCUGUCAAGUCCUAUGAGACAGACACCUGAACAGAAGCCAGGGCAAGGGGGCCCUACCUCAAGUUCUGUCUUUGAAUUUCCAUCCGGACAGGCUUUCGUGGUAGGACACCUCCAGAAUUUAAGAUUAGAUUCUGGACUGAGCCCAGGAUCUCCCCUCUCUAGCAUUUCUGCACCUAUCAGUACAGAUGCUACAGGCUUGAAAUUUCACCCUGUCUUUGUUCCUCAUUCUGCACCUGCUGUGUUAACUCAUAACAAUGAGAGCAGAAGCAAUUGUGUAUUUGAGUUUCACGCUUGUACUCCGCGCUCCUCGUCAGGAGAAGGGGGAGGAGGAGUUUUGCCUCAGCGCAUUUACCAAAAUCGACAGGUUGCUGUGGACUUGAAUCAGGAAGAACCACCUCCUCAAUCCACAGGAUUACACGGCCGCCUGCAGCCUGUGACUGAAGAACAGCAUGAUUUCCAGGCCCCAGAACUGACCGUCUCUGUGGUAGAGCCCACCGGACAGAGCUGGCCCAUAGGAAGCCCAGAAUAUUCCAGUGAUUCCUCACAAAUCACUUCUUCAGACCCCAGUGAUUUUCAAUCACCUCCCCCUACAGGGGGAGCAGCUGCACCUUUUGGCUCUGACGUCUCAUUACCCUUUAUCCGUCUGCCUCAGACAGUGUCACAAGAAUCCCCACUUUUCUUCUGUUUCCCCCAAGGAGCCACAUCUCCGCAGGUUUUAUCUGCCUCAUUUUCUUCAGGAGGAUCUGCACUCCAACCACAGGCACAGGGGCAGAGCCAGGGUCAGCAGUCUUCAAGUAGUUUAACAGGGGUUUCAUCCUCCCAACCCAUACAACAUUCUCAGCAGCAGCAAGGAGUGCAGCAGACAACCCCCUCUCAGCAGACAGCGCAGUAUUCACUUCCCCAGAUGUCAGCCUCCAGCGAGGCCAUGACUGCACAGCCCACAAGUCAGCCUCAACCUCCACAGUCCUUUUCGCAUGUGUCAGCAGNGUCACAGGGCUUCCCACCUCGACUGCCACCACAGUACCCAGGAGACUCAAAUCUUGCUCCCUCUUCCAGCGUGGCUUCUGUGUGCAUUCCUUCUACAGUCCUGUCCCCUCCCAUGCCGGCAGAAGCACUGGCUGCACCAGGUUACUUUCCUACAGUGGUGCAGCCUUAUGUGGAAUCAAGCCUUUUGGUUCCUGUGGGCAGUAUAGGAGGACAGGUUCAAGUGUCCCAGCCAGCAGUGAGUUUAGCACAAGCCCCCACUACAUCCUCCCAGCAAGCAGCUCUGGAGAGCACUCAGGGCGUCUCUCAGGUGGCUCCUCCAGAGCCAGUUCCAGUGGCUCAGCCACAACCUACCCAGCCUGCUACAUUGGUCUCUUCUGUAGACAGUGCACAUUCAGAUGUUGCUUCAGGCAUGAGUGACGGCAAUGAGAAUGUCCCAUCAUCCAGUGGAAGGCAUGAAGGGAGAACUACAAAACGGCAUUAUCGAAAAUCUGUAAGAAGUCGCUCUCGUCAUGAAAAGACUUCACGCCCAAAAUUGAGAAUUUUGAAUGUUUCAAAUAAAGGAGACCGGGUAGUAGAAUGUCAAUUAGAGACUCACAAUCGGAAAAUGGUUACAUUCAAAUUUGAUUUAGAUGGUGACAACCCUGAGGAGAUAGCAACAAUUAUGGUGAACAAUGACUUUAUUCUGGCAAUGGAGAGAGAGGCAUUUGUGGAACAAGUGCGGGAUAUUAUUGAGAAAGCUGAUGAAAUGCUCAGUGAGGACGUCAGUGUGGAGCCAGAGGGUGACCAGGGAUUGGAGAGUCUGCAGGGGAAGGACGACUAUGGCUUUGCAGGCUCUCAAAAAUUGGAAGAGUUCAAACAGCCAGUUCCUGCGUCUUCCAUGCCACAGCAAAUAGGCCUUCCUGCCAGUUCUUUAACCCAAGUUGUUCAUUCUGCCGGAAGACGGUUUAUAGUAAGUCCUGUGCCAGAAAGUCGAUUACGAGAAUCAAAGAUUUUCAGUGAAGUAUCAGAUACAGUUGCUGCUUCUACAUCUGCUGGUGCUGGAAUGAGCUUGUCACACUCUGCUUCAUCCCUUAGCCUACAGCAGGCCUUUUCUGAACUUAGACGUGCGCAAAUGGCAGAAGGGCCGAGCACAGCACCUGCCAACUUCCGUCCGACGGGGCCAGCGUUCCCAGCAGUGCCCCCUUCCGUGAUCAGCCCUGCUGGAGCUCCAGCCACAGCAGCAGCCGUACCCUCAGCGGCAGCCCCUGCCACGGGCUGCCCUCUUAGUGACGCUUCCACAUCAGCCGUUCAGUCUGAGGUUGCAGUGCCCACUGAAAAGGGGAUUGCUGGAGUUGCCACCUGCACAGGUGUAAUACCCUCCAGUGGUCUCCCUGUACCACCUGCAUCUGAAUCCCCGAUACUUUCCAGUGUGGUGUCAAGCAUCACAGUGCCUGCAGUCGUCUCAGUAUCAGCGACAUCCCAGUCAGUUCAGGCUCCCACACCUGGGAGCGUUGUUUCUGGUACAGGCACAUUCCCCUCUGUACCAGUCUCAGUGACAGCAGCCUCUGCAGUGAGCAGUGCUGCUGCCCCAGGCGCUAAGCCUUCACCUGUAUCAUCGCAGCAGGUGGCGGGCAGCAUGGCUGGGACAGCCACACUAACAUCCGUGUCGGCAACCGCUCCAGUCCCGAGUCUAGCUGCACAGCCGUCCCUUCCACCCAGCAGCAGCACCUCUGCUCUUACUCGAGCUGAGACUGUAGUGGUUAGCGCGCACGCACUGGAUAAGAUAUCUCAUAGCAGCGUGACCGGAUUGGCUUUGUCCCUCCCCACGUCAUCUUCCUCUCCCUCCCUGGGGGCAGGGGCAUCUAGUGCUGUUUCUCAGCCUGGUGUGGCUCAUCCUUUGGUCAUCCCAUCAGCUGUGUCUUCUACUCCUGCCCUUUCCCAGGCAGGACCUACUUCCACACCUUUACUACCCCAAGUAGCUAGUAUCCCACCUUUGGUACAACCUGUUGCCAAUGUGCCUGCUGUACAGCAGACACUAAUUCAUAGUCAACCUCAACCAGCUUUGCUUCCCAACCAGCCCCAUACUCACUGUCCUGAAAUAGAUGCUGAUACUCAACCCAAAGCUCCUGGGAUUGAUGACAUAAAGACUUUAGAGGAAAAACUGCGGUCUCUCUUUAGUGAGCACAGCUCAUCUGGAGCUCAGCAUGCUUCUGUCUCGCUGGACACGUCACUCGUCACGGAGACCACUGUCACACCAGGCCUCCCAACCACUGCUGUUGCACCAAGCAAACUCAUGACUUCCACUACAAGUACUUGCUUACCACCAGCCAGUUUGCCCUUAGGAACAACUGGUUCGUCAGUUAUACCAGCAGUCAGUCCUGGGCAAGUUUCCACCCCAGUCAGCACUGUACCAGGAGUGAAACCUGGAGCUGCUGCACCAAAGCCACCUUUAACUAAGCCUCCAGUGCUGCCAGUGGGUACUGAACUUCCAGCUGGUACUCCACCCAGCGAGCAGCUGACACCUUUUCCAGGACCUUCACUAACACAGCCCCAGCAGCCCCUGGGAGAUCUGGAUGCUCAGCUGAGAAGAACGCUCAGUCCAGAGACCAUUGUGCUGACGUCUGCAGUUGGUCCCGUGUCCGUGGUGGCUCCAACAGCAGUUGUGGAAGCAGGAGCCCAGCUUCAGAAGGAUGUGUCUCAAGUCACAGAAGGUCCUAUCCUAGCACCCACUUCAGGAACUGGUGUUUUUAAGAUGGGGCGAUUUCAGGUUUCAGUUGCAAUGGAUGAUCCCCAGAAAGAGGGUAAAAAUAAGUCAGAAGAUGUAAAGUCUGUUCAUUUUGAAUCCAGUACUUCAGAGUCCUCAGUGCUAUCAAGCAGUAGUCCAGAGAGUACCCUGGUGAAGCCAGAGCCCAAUGGGAUAGCCGUCCGUGGCGUCUCUUCAGAUAUGCCGGAUAGCGCCCAUAAAACUCCUGCCUCAGAAGCAACGUCAGAAACUGGGCAGCCUACCAAGGUUGGACGUUUUCAGGUGACAGCUACAGCAAGCAAAGUCGGUCGUUUCUCCGUUUCAAGAACCGAAGACGAGAUUACUGAGGCAAAGAAGGAGGGACCAGUGGUAUCUCCUCCUUUUCUGGAUUUGGGACAUGAUGUUCUUCCUGCUGUGAUACCAAAGAAAGAGAAGCCCGAACUGUCAGAGGCUUCACAUCUGAACGGGCCGUCCUCUGACCUGGAGGCUGCCUUCCUCGGUCGGGAUGUGGACGAUGGCUCAGGGAGUCCGCACUCCCCGCAGCUGAGCUCAAAGAGCCUCCCUGCCCAGGGCCUGAGUUAUUCCUUCAACUCCUCUUACAUGAGCAGCGACAAUGAAUCAGAUAUUGAAGAUGAGGACUUGAAGUUAGAGCUGCGGCGGCUACGAGAAAAACAUCUUAAAGAGAUUCAAGACCUGCAGAGUCGCCAGAAGCAUGAAAUUGAAUCUUUGUACACCAAACUGGGCAAGGUUCCUCCUGCCGUCAUCAUUCCCCCAGCUGCCCCGCUUGCAGGGAGAAGAAGGCGACCCACCAAAAGCAAAGGCAGCAAGUCUGGUCGCAGCAGUUCCUUGGGGAAUAAAAGCCCUCUUUUGUCAGGUAACCUGUCUGGCCAGAGUGCAGCUUCCAUCUUGCACCCGCAGCAGACCCUCCCCGCUCCUGGCAACAUCCCAGAGAUGGGGCAGAAUCAGCUGUUACAGCCCCUUAAGCCAUCACCCUCCAGUGACAACCUGUAUUCAGCCUUCACCAGUGAUGGUGCCAUUUCAGUACCAAGCCUUUCUGCUCCAGGUCAAGGGACCAGCAGCACAAACACCGUCGGGGGAACAGUGAACAGCCAGGCCGCCCAGGCUCAGCCUCCUGCCAUGACGUCCAGCAGGAAGGGCACGUUCACAGAUGACCUGCACAAGUUGGUCGACAACUGGGCCCGAGAUGCCAUGAAUCUCUCAGGCAGGAGAGGAAGCAAAGGACACAUGAGUUACGAGGGCCCCGGCAUGGCAAGGAAGUUCUCCGCACCUGGUCAGCUGUGCGUCUCCAUGACCUCAACCCUGGGUGGCUCCGCCCCCAUCUCUGCAGCAUCAGCUACCUCUCUAGGCCACUUCCCCAAGCCCAUGUGCCCCCCACAGCAGUACGGUUUCCCACCCCCCCCCUUUGGCACGCAGUGGAGUGGCACGGGCGGCCCAGCAACACAGCCACUUAGCCAGUUCCAACCUGUGGGGACUGCUUCCUUGCAGAACUUCAACAUCAGCACCUUGCAGAAGUCCAUCAGCAACCCUCCAGGUUCCAACCUGAGGACCACGUAG